UUUCAUUCACGAUAAUUUCAUCUCUGAGAUCUUUUAGAGUCCAAGUGUCUAAGCAAGGAACGAAGAAAAUGGCGGUGAAAAUGGUGACGGCAUUUGUGUUUGUGGCUGCGGUAAUGGUGGCAACAUGGGGUGGAGCAGCCGAAGGAGCGGUGACAUGCCAGGAUGUAGUGAGUUCCAUGGCGCCUUGUGCGGGGUAUCUGAUGGGCAAUGCGCCAAAUCCGGCUCCCGCAUGCUGCCCUGCUGUCCAAUCGCUUAACUCUCGCCUGACUGCUGUGGCAGAUCGUCAGACUGCCUGCAACUGUUUCAAGCAGGCCGCCUCCUCUUAUGGCGUCAGUGUCCCUAAGGCUCAGUCCCUGCCCCGUAUCUGCAAGGUCUCCCUUAACGUUGCUGUGGCGCCCAACGUGAACUGUGCUAAUGUUCACUAGAUGAGCUACAUGGAGUCCUAUUACAGCGUUGGGUGGAGGCAAGAUUAUGAAGUUACUAUAAUAUUUCUAUAAUGUAAAGGCCUUCGAAGCCUUUUUAUGUAGUGUUGGUAGUUAGCAGAAGUAACAGGCAGCCAGCUUCUAUGUACGGUUGUCUAUAUAUGUUAGAAUAAAGACAAUACUUCCAUCGAACUUUUGUUUGGUUAUUAUGAAUGUUUUGCUAUAUUUAUCCGAGCAUAUUUUUUAAAAAUCA